AUGUUACUCCCAUCAGCGCUCUCAUGCGACGUGCGACGACCGUCGCGCUUCGCCGCCACCCGCUUCCUCUCGACUCCUCCCCCGUCGGACGACGAAGUCCCCAUGGGCAACGGUCUGUUGGGGACCUGUCGCGCACUACAAUCUCUACUCAACGGGUCCCCGGCGCCCUCCCCGCGACGUUCCAAGCCUGCGCGCCUACAGAGUCCCGUUCAUAUUCGAUCGACGCCUUCUACCCGGUCGCGACGACUUGCAACACCUUCGUCGCCUGGGCGGACACCGCAGCGCCGUCCUCGUGGUAUCAACAAGCGGAGGCGCGACAGCUAUGAAGCGGGUGAAGAUAAUGACAACACCAACAAUGACAACCGCGAUGCGACUGUGGAUCACAGUGCUUCGCGCAAUCAAUUCUCUACACCAAAGCGUCGCCGUCACGCUCCCUACAAUCUUCCGUUAGGCCUGUCGCAGACCGAUUUCUACUCGCUGAACUCUCCACCCACUACCGCGUCUCCUUCAUCCCCUCGUUACCAGAACCAGCAAGACUCGUCCGCGCAACAACCAUACAAUCCCGAUGCCGCGCUUCCGUCAAUAGAAGUAACCGAUGACUCCACACGGUCAAGCCAAUGGACAGAAGAGGACGACCAACGGCUCAUGGAAACUGUCUUCGAGAAAUUCCAACUGUCAAAACAACAAUGGGACGAAUGCGCGCAGCGCAUAGGCAAAGACCAAGCCAGUGUUGAACGACGAUGGCAGGCCCUCGUCGGACAAGGCAAUAUCGGUCUGCGACGAUGA